AUGGAUGCUGGAGAGAUGAAGUCCCAUGUGCUCAAAGGUGUGAAUCUGAGGUUGCAACGCUUGAAAAAGGUCAGCAAGGCCAAAGCACAGCCUGCUGCAACUCAGCUUCAACUAUGCAAGGCCUAUGCAGCUAUUCAUGCAAUUUCUACGAUGCAAAAUCAUCCCUACGUUGCACCUACGUGGCACUCCUCGCCAGCGAGCUUUCAUGAACCUCUUAACAGUGCAGUUGUACUACCCUCGCGCCAAUAUGCCUUCAUCAAGCAGCUUCAUAUUUUGGUGAACAACGUGGGUAGCACCAAAGCCUGCAGCCUCACGACUGAUGGCAUUGAAUCUGCCUUUCAGGUGAAUUAUUUGAGUCACUUCCUCCUCACAAAUCUGUUGCUCCCUACACUUCGGGCAAGCAGCCCCGCACGAAUCGUGAACGUGGCCUGUCAAGAAGGCUACCUGCGGGCCGCACGCGGCUGGAGCCAUCGGUUCCCCGAGGGGAUCUUGCAGGGCUGGCUUGGAAGCCCAGUGCCCAUUCAAGAGACCAUCAGGGUAGGUUCUGUGCGACUUGCAUUCAAUGCAGAAAGGCACCAGGGUACCGGGGACUUCGUCGCUAACGGCCUGUGUCCAGUGUCCUUGCGAUUUCAGGAAGUCUUGGAGGAAAGUUCUCCGGACGUUGAGUGGAACCUCGACCGUUGUAAAGCCACUGAAGCCUACAGCAAUGCCAAGCUCGCCGUGCUGCUCCCAGCGACGUGCCGUGCUCACAUUGAGCGGAUUUUCACCGUGACAGCGUCUCAAUGUGAUCUCAGGUCAUCGCAUUCUCCAGGGCUUUGGAGUCCAGGAGGACCGUCAACGAAGAAAAACCAACAAAGGUGUCAAUCAACGGUGAAAAAAUGA